UUUAUAAUCAUGAAAUUCAGCUUAAUUACUUUGACUUUUGCUAGUGUGUGCAUGUUACAACAGCUCCAUGCUGCCCCAACAACCAAUCAUCUUGGUGAAGUUGCUUCUGUUAACCAUGUUCGUCGUGCUGUCCAUCAUCCCGGUGAUGAAGUCGCUCAUUCAAGCCAUAUUCGUCGUGAUGAUGAUCAAACAUCCAUCAAUGUGGGAGUGGAAGGUCUCAAGAAACGCGAUGCUCAACUUAUCCAAUCUGUAUUACAAAUAAUUUCUGAUGAUGAUGCUUUGAGUGGACUUCUUAAGGAUGGCGGCGUAUGCGAUACUGUCAAAGGACUUGUGGGUACCGUCGAGGGUUUGUUGCAUCAACUUCUCUCGGGUGAUAUAGACGAUGGCGUGCUCAAAUUGGUGAACAAUGUCCUGUCACUCGUCGACGGCCUGGUGAAAUCACUCCUUGGUACUGAUUUACAUCUUGCUAAUUUAUUGGAUUUGGGUGAUGGCUUGAAUAAACGACAAAACAUUGUGUCUUCAUUGAUUGGUGGUGGCAAUGAUGCAUCAUCAUCAUCUGCUGAUGCUCAAGUUGCUUCUUCAGGUACUACCCAGGCAAACGGCGUACAAGGCACUGGAUCUGCUGAUGCUCAAGUUGCGUCUUCAGGUACUACCCAGGCAACCGGCGUACAAGGCACUGGAUCUGCUGCUGCUACAGUGGAUGGUACUACGGUGAAAGGCAAUGGUGGUGAAGAAGAUGAAGGCAACGGACAAGAAUCUUUUGAUCGUCAAGCUGUCCCCUCUGAUGUGACGAAACGCGGUGCUGGUGGAGACGUUGAUGGCAUCGUAAACCAAGUGGUUGAUCUUCUUCAUAAUUUAUUGGACAAAGAUAAUGGCAAUGGCAUUAUCUCUCAAUUAGUCGGUGCUAUUGUUCAAUUGUUGGACUGUGUUCUCAAAGGUGAUCAAGGCGAUCUUCAGACUAGAGAUCGUAUUGCUGCUGCCAUUGAACUUGCCAAGGCUAAACGUGGAAUCCUAUAAAAAAAACCGCCUGUCGUUUU